AUGGGUUUCGCGGAUGGUGAUGGCGCGGGGGACGGGAGAGAGGCGCAACGCGACGGGGAAGUGAUGUCCAGAGAACGACACGACAUUGCGGUAAUCAACGAGAUGCAGCCCAGGGGAGUGGGUCGAGAAGGCGUGGAGGAGGGCGAUGAGGAAGGAGAAGGGAGAAUGGACGGGCAUGUUUCAGAGAAAAUGGAGGCAGAUGAGGAAAGGGAAGAGGAGGGCGAAGCGGGGGAAGGGGUAAACGAGGAGGAGAAGGAAGCGAGGCGAGAGAUGGAGGAGAAUGGGAGUGCUGGUUUGUUGCGACCGAAGUUGCGCGGAUACGAGGAGAAUGGCGAGGAGGUGGGUGAGGAAUGUGGAAGGGAGGGAAGCGAAGAAGGGGAGGAAGAGAGUGACGGCGGAAUUGACGGCGGUAGUGAUGGAGAGAGGGAUGAAAUAAGGCGUGUGGGGACGCUGGAGAGGAUAUGGGAAGAAGAGGAGAAGGAGGUGGAGGAGGAAGAGGAGGAGGAGGAGGAGGAGGAGGAGGAGGAGGAGGAGGAGGAGGAGGAGGAGGAGGAGGAGGAGGAGGAGGAGGAGGAGGAGGAAGAGGAGGAGGAUGCAACAAGGAGUUCGGAGGGCGGUGCUGCUGCGGUGGUGGUGGCGGUGGGGGCUUCUGUGCUGUGCGGUCGUGCGGUGACGGAGGUUGAGGAGACGGGCGGAGAGGGAGAGGAAGAGAUGGGAAGUGGUGGAAAGGUUGAGGAGUUGGAGGAUGGCGAGAGGGGUAAGGAGAGCGAGCGUGCGGAGGGGAGUGAGGAGGGUAGUGAGGAGGGGAGUGAGGUGGGGAGUGAGGUGGGGAGUGAGGUGGGGAGUGAGGAGGGGAGUGAGGAGGAGAGUGAGGAGGAGAGUGAGAAACUGACGGUUGAGAUACAGGCGAUGCUGAAGAAACUAAAGAGGGAUUUCAAGAAGGAGAGCGAGUGGGGAGCGGGAGGGGAGGAGCAGGCAGAGGCUUCAGUGAGUCCUGCAGUGCACGUGGUGGUUAGCAGUCGGGAGGAGAGUGAAGGGGGGAGCGACGGAGAGAGUGAGGGUGGGAGUGAGAAGGUGAGUGAGACGAGGGUGCUUGGGACAUCAACAGCAGAGUCAACAGAGUCAACGGAGGAGCUCGAGCCAGCAGGGUCAGUAGAGGCGAGGGAGUCAACGCGGUCAAGAGAGUCGUCUCGUGGUAGGCCCGUUGCUGCUCUAGAGGAUUCGCGUGGGUCAAGUCUUGUGCCGGAUUCUGCGGCAGUUGAGGGGGAAGGGAAGGAAGACACGGGGUGGGCGAGAGGAGAGAUAGGAAGGGAGGGAGAGGAGGCGGAUAAGGAGGUGAGGAGAGAGGGCAAGUUCGAGGGUGAGGGCGAGAGGGCGAGUGAGAAUGCGAGCGAGAGUGGGAGUGAGAGUGGGGAGAGCGAGGGCGGGAGCGUCGGUGGCAGUGAAAGGGGGGAGUUGGAGAAGGAGGGUUCGGUGGUUGAGGUGAUAUCAUUUGGAGGGGGUGACAGUGGUGAUGAUGCAGAGGAGGGGAGUGAGGAGAGUGAGGCGAGUGAGAAGGCGAGUGAGUGUGGAGGCGAGAGUGAGGGCGGGGAGAGAGGCUUGGAAUGCGAGAGGGAGGCAUCAAGAGGUGAGGAAGAGGAGGCGGCAAACGGAGAGGAGGAGAACGAGGGAGUUGGAAAAGAGGAAGAGGGUGGUGAGGAGGAGGAGGGGAACGAGGACGAGGCAGCGUUGCAGACGAGUGUGUGUGGGGGUGGGGAGGGCGGGGAGGGUGGGGAGGGUGGGGAGCAAGAGGUCGAGGCAGCAGCAGCAGAGAACCGCACGUCUGAAGCCUCUGAGGAAGCCAGUCAAAGCCAAGAUGUAAGCGCUGCCGAUUCUGCUGCUGCCGAAUCUGCUGCUGCUGCUGAUGAUGAUGAAGCGGGUGAUGGAGGUGCAGGGGCAGCAGCAGGGGUAGAGGCCGGUGCUGAGAGUGCGGGUGCGGGUGCGGGGGCGGUGGGCGGGUGGGGAGGCAGAGUGGCGAGGGUGCUCUCGUCCUACGGGCCCGACCUAGACCUAUUUGAGCUGCGCUCGCCUCCCGUCUCCGACUCCGAGCUCGAACGCUACGAGUCUGGCUCGGAAGCAGGCUCGGACUUUGGCUCGGGGUCCGGUUCGGGAUCGCUUUCGCGAACGGUGUCUGGUUCGGGGAGCUACAGCGAUGGUGAGAGAAGCGAGGGGGGGUUCAGUGGGGGUUGUGGAUCGGAGGAUGGGGAGAGGGUGGCAGAGCAAGAGGCAGAGGGAGAGAGGGAGGUGGUGAGUGUGGAAGAUAAGAGUGAGGCUGCGGCAGCAAGAGCAGCAGCAGGACAGGAUUCAGCAGCGGCGCGGGAGGUGGAGGGAGGGGAGGCAAGGAAGGAAGCAGAGAGGGGGGUAGAGCCUGCUGUGAGGCUGGAGACGGAGGAGGGGAGAGUGGAGGGCAAGGGUGCGAGCAAGGGUGAGAGUGCUGCUAUGGACGAGAGUGGCGCCACUGCCAGCGGAGAAACGAGUAGCAGUGGCGCCAUUGCUGCUACCCAUGGCUUUGGUGCUGGUGGUGAUGGUGGUGGUGCUGCUGCUGGUGAUGCUGGUGGCAGUGGUGCGUUUGGAAGUGGCUCGUGGGGGAACGCGUUGCCUCCAGGGGGGUGGCCUGUGGCAGUGGCGCCGGCUCCAAUGCCUCGAUCUAGCGGUCUCUCUCCGACUGAGCUUGACCUACUUCUGCACUCUAAUCCCGAGAGGGACGAUGGUUCCGGCUCGGAUGCUGAGCCCACUCCCAAGCUGCUCCAGCGAGGUGGACACGUGGCAGCUGCUGAUGUGGCGUCUGCUGAUGUGGAGGUGGAAGUGAGUACCGGAGAGUUGACGCCUGAAAUGGUGUCGGAUUUCGAGUCGACUCCGAGGAUGGCGGUACAAAGAGGGGGGGAGUUGACACCUGAGUACGUUUCGGACUCCGAGUUGACACUGAGGAACGGCGAGUUGACACCGGAGAUGACAUCCGACAUUGAGUUGACACCGCGAGGAGGGGAAUCGGGCGGGGACUUGACACCCGAGAUGGUUUCCGAGUCGGAGUUGACACCGAGAAUGAUGGGAGAUGUAACGCCGGAGAUGACAUCAGAUGCAGAAACACCACCUAGGGGGCGAGAGGAGCGAGGAAAGAGGAGCGAUGACGAUGAGGAGGAGAAGGAUAGGAGGGAUUGGGCAGGCAGGAAUGGAGGAGGGGGGAGGCGCGGAGGAGAGCGAGAGCGAGGGGGAGAGCGAGAGCGAGAGCGAGGGGAGUCGGAUGGAGACGAGGAGGACGAGGAGCGGAGCGUAAGGAGCGAGAGGAGUGAGCGCAGUGAGAGGAGCUGGGAGCGGGAGAGGGAGAGGGACUCUGGCGAUGAGUGGGACGAGAGGCGCAGCUGGGAUGACCGGCGCAGCUGGGAAGACAGGAGAAGCUGGGAGGAGGACGAGUAUAUCCGGAGAUUGACAGAGGCUGAUGCGGAGGAGGAUAGGAGUAGCUGGGGGAGUAGGAGUGGUUCGGACGAGGAGGACGGUGGGAAGAGGGGCAGGCGUCGGGGCAUGCGGCUAUCCAAUGAUGGCUCCUGCGUGGCUACCCUGCGCUCCUCCUCCUCCCCCUCCUCCUCCCCACGCGCCUCCCCGCCGCUGUCCCCGUCCGAUUCCCCGCCCCGCUCCCCGCCGUGCUCGCCCCCCUCGCCGUCACGGGCAGCGCUAGCUGCUGCUGCUGCUGCUGCAGCGGCGGCACAGGGAUCGUGUGGAUCAGCAGCAGCUGCUCCUGUCAUCAGGCUGAUGCACGAGAGGGACUUCCGCAAGCGCGUUCACCCGCCCCACCGAUCCUCCCCUCCACGCAGCCCUAUCCAUCCCCGCCCCCGCCGCCGCUCCCCCGCCUCCUCUCCCACUCCUCUCAGCUCCACUUCCUCCUCUUCUUCGUCUCACUCCACUCCCAUCGACACCAGCAGCAGCGGGUCUAUAGGCUCCUCCAUGCAGAGACCUGGUUCGCCCCAUUCCCCUCGCCUCCUGCCGCUUCUACCCCUCUCCCCAACCUCCUCCGCUGCUUCGGAGUUCACCGCCCCUUUCAAACCUCUCUCCCCUGCCCAGCCUCUUGACAAGGCUCGGGUGAAGCAAGGAGAGGAAGUUGAGGGUCAUGGGAAGCUGGAGAGAAGGGAGAGUGGAGGCGACGAGGGGGAAGGGAGUGGUGGAAGAGCGGACCCGUACUUGGAUUUUCUCUACUCGGGAGAUCAGCCUUCCUCAGGUACAGCCUCCCCCGCUGCUCCCUCCUCACUCACAUCUGCGGAGAUUUCAGCUGCAGCGGCCGCACUGUCCCGGAUGGGGAUUUCGAGUGUUGCCGCGUCAGCACUCAGUAGCGGAGUGCUGGAGCAGCUUCAACAGCAGCAGCAGCAGCAGCAACAGAAUCAGCUUCCUGGACUUCAGUUUGGUCUGUCUCACCGCCCUACUCCCAUUCGAGUCCUGCUUGGGCUCGCAGAGACGACACGCGCAGCAGCUAAGGGGGAAGAAGCGGGAGCUGCUACUGCAGGGGUAGACGGAGCCGCUGCUGCGGGUGCGGGUGCGGUUGCUUCACCUAGUGCUGGUGCUGCUGGCUUGGCAGGGUUUCAGUUCCCGCAGAAGCAGCUGCAGCGGCAGCGCACGGCACCGAGUGCUGCCAACCAGUGGGUUCCGCGCAUGAGCACGUUUCUGUCGCCCAGGCGCAGGCUCAGGCAGCAAGUCAGCCUGGAGCGCGGGAGCAGCCUGCUGGGUUUGGCGUCUGGGAAGAAGGGCGGUGCGGUGGGUAGUGGUGGUGCCGGGGAUGCCUCUGAGGACAGAGGCCAGGAGCGGACUGCUGCUUUGGAGGGACCUUAUCCCCCGGAGGGCGCUGUGAAGGCUUCUGAGCAGGAGGCGACUGUUGCUCUGGAGGGUCCUCAUCCGCAGGACAGGCUGGGUGCUGCAAAGGCCUCUGAGCACAGCAGAGGGCAGGAGGCGAGUGCAGCUGUGGGGGGUCCUUAUGCUGAGGACCGGCUACGAGACACGGAGAGGCAAUUGCAGCUAUUGCAGCAGCAGCUGCAGCUGUUGCAGGAGCGGGUGGAGGCUACUACUCAGGCGUCCGCCUCUGCCCGUGCGUUCCCUGUUGGCACACAGAGCGCACUCAGCAGCAGCAUGGCAGCCACAAGCAGCGGUACAGCAGGCGCGCGCAGCACCAUGGCACCUGCAAGCAGCAGGAUCGGCGACGGCGCGAGCGGCGGCAGCAUGGUGGCGGCGGCAGUGGUGGUGACAGCAGGUAGCAGCAUGCUUCCGAGCCAAGAGAGCAGCGAGUUCAACUCGGAAGCGAGUGAGGGGGAUUUGAGCUCCGUGGAGGAGUGGGAGGACGCACUGGAGGAGAGCCCCACUAGUGACUCCCUGGAGGCGCACCAGGCCGCGUGCGAGGUGACCUUUGAGCCGACUGAAAAGUCAGUCGCGCUGGUGGAGAGCCCCAUUAGCGACUCACUUGACUUGCACCAGGCCGCUCGUGGCAGUGAUGCGCUGGAGUCAAUGGAAGAGAGCGGUGCAGAGCAGUUGAGUGAGCAAGUGAGUGUGCCUGUGAGUGUGCCAGUUAGUGUGCCGGUGAUCGUGCCUGUGAGUGCUGCAGCUGUGAGUACACCGGUGAGUGCACCGGUGUGUGCACCGGUGAGUGCACCGGUGAGUGUGCUGGUGAGUGUGCCGGUUCUUUCAGAGCCGAUCAGCAGUCCAGUGAGUGGCCCUCCUGUCACUUGUGCCUUGGCUUCUGAAGCAACCGCUGAGACGGCACUCAAAUCGGCAACCUCGGAGCUGACUGUUAAAGCGCCAUUUGAGGCGACCUCUGAGGCGCCUCAGAAGACGAAGCCGAUCAGCAGGACGGGGAGUAGCCCUCCUGGGAGCGGCGGGCUGGCAGAGUUGCUAGAGGAGGGGGUAGAGGACGAGGAGGAGGAGGGCGAAGGAGCGGAUCUGAGGAACGUGAUUCGUGCUCACUCCAGCAAGUGGACGCGCCCGGAUCCCUCCAGGCAGGCAGCGCUGCUGCAGUCUAUUAUGGUAGGGCGUCUGGGCCGAGGCAGGAUUGCCAUACGGCGGGAGCUGUCCAAUGUGAUCUCUGAAGCCAUUUCCCGCAGCAGCAGCAGCAGCGGCGUCACCACAUAUGAAGCGCCUCAAAACGAUGCCGCACCCGCACCUAUAGCAGGCAGGAUUGCCAUACGGCGGGAGCUGUCGAAUGUGAUCUCUGAAGCCAUUUCCCGCAGCAGCAGCGGCGGCUCCUCCACCUUCUUUGCCGAGGCCAGCCGGCUUCGCCUGCAGCAACGCUUGUCCUCCUUGCAUAGCUCUGCUUGGGAGCAGAUCCGGCCUAAGGAGGCCGAUGUUGUGGUUGAUGGGUCUAGUAGUGAGGGGAGCGAGGAGGAGGAGGAAGAGGAAGAAGAGGAAGAGGUGGACGAGGAAGAGGUGGAGGAGGAGGAGGACGAGGAGGAGGUGGAGAGCAGGGAAAGCGAAAGUGAAGAGCAGGAGGUGACGUGCGAUGAGGAAGAGGAGGACGAGGAGGAAGAGGAGGAAGAAAGGAGGGAGGAAGAGGAGGAUACAGAGGAGGAAGAGGGCAGGAGAGCAGCGGAAGCCAGAAAGCAGUCUGGGUUACAGCACCCAAGUCGUACCACCCCUACCCGGCCAGUAACGGAGCGGUCCAACAUGAGCACGCGUCGCUGCAGAGAAGAAGGACGAAGAGGGGAGGCAUCCUCCAAGGGCGCUCUUCCUCUUCCUCUUCCCCCGGAGGAGGCAGAGGAGGUGCAGGAGGGAGUGGCGAACGUGGCAGCGAUGCUGGCAGCGGUGGCAGGGCCGCUGGCGCAGAUCAAAGCAGCGCUCCGAGACUCCGCCAACAGCCCGCUCAAGGCCGUGGCGGCUGCUCUGGAGCAGGACAUGAAGAGGUUCUUGGAAGCCUCCAUGGGCCUGGCCCCGGAUUCCCCGCAGGCAUCAGAUGAGGAUGAUGAUGAUGAGGUGUCGGCCUCUUCUUCCCCUUCAUCUGCGCUGCUGUCUCCUCCGUCUGGAGAGGAUCGGCGUUUGGGUGGGAGGGGUGCUCACGGUGCUGGCGGGGUGAUGGUGGCGGCAGGAGAAGGGAGCGAGGAUGAAGAGGAUGUUGCUGCUGCGGUGGUGGGGACGAGGUUUCGAGAGGAGGAAGACCGACAGGAGGAUGUGGAGGAAACGGAGGAGGAAGAGGAGGAGGAGGUGGAAGAGGAGGAGGACGAAGAGGAGGAAGAUGGGGAGGGGGGAGGAGAGGAGGAAGAAGGGAGUGAAGGGACACAGGAAGAGGAUAGCAGGGAAGCAGAGCAGGUGCAACAGGAGGAGAGGAGAGCGGGUGAUGCUGCUUCCUCGGCUUCUAACGCUGCUGCUGCUGCUGCUACGGCUACUGCUGCUGCUGCUGCUGUUGCUGCCUCUGCCGGAUCUGGCCUGCUUCAUACUGUGGGGGAGGAUGCUCAAGCACCAGGCGAAAAGGCGAUGGAGGGAGGGAUGGGAGCAGGAGACAUGGAGAAGGCAGGAAAGGGAAGUGAAGCGGAAGGAGCGGUGGAAAGCGAGAGGACACAGAAAGCAUUGCUGGAAAUUCCAUCUCUGACCUCAUCAUCAUCACCGCUUGCACUUCCUCUUUCACCUGUUGUUGCACCUGAGGUUUCACCUGCUGCGCCUGCAGCUACACCUGCCUCUGCACUGCCCGCUGCACCGUCGUCCCCAUCGCCAUCGUCAUCGCCAUCACGCCCAUUCCUGCGCUCCUCUGUGCAUCCGUCUCUGCGGUCUGGUGUGCGCAUGAGCACUGUGUCGGCUAAAGUGCGGGCGUUUGAGGCGAUGAUCGCACUGCAGAAGCACGCUCACCAGCGCCAGCAGCUGCAGAUGCUGCAGCGCGUGCUGGGAUCCGUUUCUGGCUCUGCUGCACACGAGCUCGCCGCUGCCGCUUCUGCGGCAGGCGUGCCGGCACCAGCACCACCAGCGGCAGUAGCAGAACCAGCAGAACCUGCAGCACCAGCAGCACCAGAAGCGACAGAAGCAACAGACGCGCUGGCGGCAUCAGAAGAAGCAGCAGCAGCGGUGGUUGAAGGUUCAAUUUCGGCAGAUGUUGCUGUGACUGUUGGUGAUGGUGAUGGUGUGGUGGGUGUGGUGCAAGCAGCAACAGCAGUAGCAGAAGAGGAGAAGAAGCAGGAGAAGGAGACAGCAGGCACUGUCGAGGAGCAGGAGAAGGAGACAGCAGGCACUGUCAAGGAGCAGGAGAAGGAGACAGCAGGCACUGUCGAGGAGCAGGAGAAGGAGACAGCAGGCACUGUCGAGGAGCAGAGGAGGAGGAAGAAGGAGAUGCGGGCGUUCAAGUCGAUGAUUGCACUGCAGAAGCACGCUCACCAGCGACAGCAGCUGCAGAUGCUGCAGCGGGUGUUGGGAUCCGUCUCUGGCUCUGCUGCCAAGGAACUUGCUGCAGCUGCUGCGGCGGCGGGUGUGCCGGCACCAGUAUUAGCAGCAGCAGCAGAAGCAGCAGCAGCACCAGAAGUAGUAGCAGCUGAAACUCCAGAGGUAGCGGCUGUUGCAUCUACUGUUGGUGCUGAUGCUGAUGCUGAUGCUGCCAGUGGUCUGGGUGCGAUACAGGUGGGAGCUGGGCAAAGCGAUUUGGAUUCUACACAGCAUGGCAGGGAGGGAGAAGGCAGCGUUGAGGAGCAGAGGAGGAGGAAGAAGGAACUACGGGCGUUUAAGUCCAUGAUUGCACUGCAGAAGCACGCUCACCAGCGACAGCAGCUACAGAUGCUGCAGCGGGUGCUGGGAUCUGUGUCUGGCUCUGCUGCUAAGGAACUUGCUGCAGCUGCUGCUGCAGCGGGGUUGCCUGCAGUAGCAGCAGCAGCAGCUUCAACAAGCAAUGGUGCUGGUUCAGGGGGAGAAAGCAAGGGGAAGGCCGUGGUGGGGGGAAAGGAGGGCGAGGAGUUCCGAGGAGUAGAGGGGAUUUUCAGUGCAGAGACGCGGGAUCUUAGAGCUUCAGGGCUUCGAUCAGGGGUUCGUUUGGGAGGAGUUGCGAGCGCACCAAGCAGUGGUCGUGGCGGGGCAGACGUGCUGACACUUGACGCUCAAGACGUGGAUUCAGACGAGGAUGACGGGGAUAGAGACAGGGACGGGAAGCAAGAAGAAGAGCAGCAGCAGCAGCAGCAGCUCCCUGCAGCAGCCACUGCUCUCCUUCGCCCACAAGUGGAAAUUUAUGAGCCGUAUGGACCUCUGGCUGCGCACAUUAAUUACAACGGGCUGUCCCUGGCGGAAGCAACACGCACCCUUGCCAAGCCCCUCUCUACCGCGCACCGCACCGCCCUGCACCACACUGCACCACACCUCAGCCCUCUCCCUCCGAACUCCCCUGCUGCUGCUGCUGCCUGGGUGACUGGCAGACUUGUUGGCAUGCCCACCUCUCUCUCUACCUCCUCCUGCCAGCACCAUUCUGGUGCAACUGUCACUGGUGCUCCUGGUGCAUCCAACCUUGCUCCAGCUUCUUCUGCUGCAGCUCCUGCUGCUGCUGGUGCCUCCACCGUGGCUCAUCGUGCGAUAAGCGGGGAGGGCGGUAGACGGGGAGGAGGGCUGCGAGCGGGGGGAGCGGGAGCAGGAACAGGAGUAGGAGGAACAGGAGGAGGUAGUAGAGGAGCUCGCGACCUUGUCCGGCCAUCCACAGCACCCCCUGCCACCGUCGGCAUGGCGGCCGCUGCUGCCGUUUCCGCAGCCGUGGCAGCCGCAGCGGCAGUCGCCUCUGCCUCGCCUCUCUCUGCCGCAUCCACCCCGUCUCCCUUCUCCCAAGCGGCACCCGCCACGCUCUUUGCCUCCGCCUCUCUCUCCUCUGCCAUGGUGGAAUCCGACGCGCUGCCGCCGUGCUUUGAGGAGGAGCAGGUGUGCCCGGUGACAGUCUUUACCGAGGCGCCGUCGCGGCCGCUAACACCGGAAGAGCCGUCUAGUAGUGCCCACCGGUUUUUCUUCCCUGCUGCGACUCCAGCUCCCUUCUCCUCCUCGCCCUCUGCGCCGGGAGAUGCCAGCCUGCUGCUGCACUCCCCGUCCGCUCCUUUCCUGACAGCUGCUCCUACCGCCUUGGCACCUCAUGCCGCUACUGCAGGAGCAGCAGCAGGAGCAGCAGUGCCAGCAGCAGGAGAAGGGCAGGCAGCAGUAGCCGCAGCGGCAGCAGCAGCAGCGGCGGCAGCAGCGGCAGCAGCAGGGAUGAAGUCAUCGGCAGGAGCAUCACAGGAGGGACAGACUUCCCAUCCGCCCCAGCUUGUCACGCCCUCUCAUCCACCCUCUCAUGCCCGUAGCCACCCGCACAUCCGCUCCCACCCUCCUCACCACAGCGCUCCCCACCCUAGGCGCGCCCCCUCCCCCUCCCCCUGCGCCAUCCCUGCAGGCUCAACCCCAAUGAAGCACCCUCUUCUAGCCGUCUUCUCGUCCACCCCCCAGUCCCAUUCCAUCUUCUCCUUCUCCUCCCCGCCGCACCUGUCCUCCCUCACUCCCCCCGAACGCACCUCCUCCGGUCCCUCCCCGCUCCGCCCCCCUCUCGGCCCGUCGGCCGUUUCCGCCACCCCGUUCCUCCUGCCCGACCCAGCAACUUCUUCCGAGCUUCUCUCCUCUUCCUCCGAAGCAUACCGGCUCGCCGUGCCGAUUCACCCAAACCAGGUGGACGUUAAGGGGUAUGAGGAGCAGCAGGUGUGCCCACUGUCCCGUGCCAACUCCGCCAAUUUGGAGAGCCGACGGGAGGAUGUGGAGAGUGUGAAGCAGGAGCUUAUGGCUGCUGGGUUUGGGUCCGGGAGGGGGCUUGCUGCGCUGUAUGCGAAGCAGAAGAGCUGGGGGUCGGGGCGUGGGUGGGAGAUUGGGGAGAGCCGGUUGGGGAAAGCGCCGUCAAGAUCGGAGAGGCGGAGAGGGGUUGAAGAAGGUGAAGAAGAGGAGGAAUUGGAGGAGGAGGAGGAGGAGGAGGAGGAGGAGGAGGAGGAGGAGGAGGAGGAGGAGGAGGAGGAGGAGGAGGAGGAGGAGGAGGAGGAGGAGGAGGAGGAGGAGGAGGAGGAGGAGGAGGAGGAGACGGGGGAGGAACCUGCGAGGAAGGAAGGGGAAGAGGAAGAUGAGGGAGUGGAGGAGGAAGGGAGGUAUCACGUGCGUGUGGCAGGAGACAGGGAGGAUGCUGAAUCAGAUGGGGACGUGGAUGGGGAUGAGGAUGGAAGUGGGGAUCGGGAGAGUAAUGGUAAUGAGGAUGACAAUGAAGAGGAUGAGGAGGAUGAAGAGGGUUCUGAGGCCGAAGGGGAGGAGGAGGAGGAGGAGGAGGAGGACAACGACGACGACAGGGACCGGCGCAUGGGCAAGGGAGUGACAACUGGGGAGCAUGCCACCGCAACGGCUGCUCGUGCCCAUGCUCCCCCAUGGUCCAGGCUCGCAGCACCUGCUGCUGCGCCCCUGGGGGUGUCGUCUCGGCGGCCUGCUGUGACGGUGAGCUGCAGUGGCGACAUUCUCAAGGAGUCGCAGGAAGGCCGCGUGCCUUCCACUCCUGCAUCCCCGCACACACCCGCUGCAACGGCAACUGCUGAUGCCACCGCUGCUGCUUCUGCUGCUGCUGCUGCUGCUGCUGCCGCUGUUCCGGUUCCAGCGGACGCUGCCGUGCCGAAGCCACACCCAGCAGCUUCAGCGGCGAAUGCACUGGCAGCAGCAGUAGUAGUGGCGGCGUCAACGACUGCUGCAGCAGCGGCAGCGUCUGUUUCAGUGUCAGCGGCAGCUGGAGUGACUGCAGAGGGGGGGGGUACCGGGGAGAAAAAGGCGCUGGUGACAGCCGGGAAGCAACUGCAGCAGCAAGGAGACGCGGACUGGCCGCCCCGAUCUCUGUAUAAACGCAAGGUGGCAGGCCGACCUAUAACCCCUCCCCGGUCCAUCCGAACCAUGCUGCUAGGUUCGGCAGGCGCUGCGGAGCAUGCUCCUCCUAAAAUCACGGACUUUGUGCAGGUGAUGAGGGAGGAGGAGGAAGAGGAGGGGAGAAGGGGUGUUGGCCGUGGUGGUAGGGCUGGUUUUAUGGAUGUGGAGGAGGAAGCAGCGGCUCUCGAGAGGGAGCUUGGAGAGAUGAUGGAUAGGAGUGAGGAUGAGGAGGAUGAGGAAGAGGAUGAGGAAGAUGAGGAGGACGAGGAGGACGAGGAGGACGAGGACGAGGAGGAAGAGGAGGAAGGGGAGAAGCGGUCGGUCACGGGCCGUAGUGAAGAGGAAGUUGAAGAGAGCGAGGAGGAGGAAAGUGGUGAUGAGGAAGAGGAAGAUGAGGACGAGGAAGAGGAAGAGGAAGAUAAGGUGGAGGAAGAAGAGGAGGAAGAAGCAGAGGAAGCAAAAGGAAAGGAGGUAGAAGAUUCGGGGGCGGGGAAACAAGUCCGUGAACAGAAUCAGGAGCAGAAGCAGGAGGAGAAGCAGGAGGAGAAGCAGAAGAAACCGGAGCAAAGCAAGGCGGCGAGCAGCAGCCAAAGCCGGUACAUAACUCACGAUGAGAGCGACGAUGAGGACAGUGAGGACGGCGACUGGAGUGGAAUGCAAGGAGCCAACAUUGGCAGCAGCGCUAGUCUGCGCACUCGCCCCAGCGGCUCCGCCCACAUGUCGUGCUCCAUCCACGUACUCCCUAUAGACGACUUCGUUAUCCGCCACAGGCGCUGCCUGCAGCCGCAGUGCGGGCCGUACGGGACCUCAUUCAGAGGCGGCUCACACUCAGCCCGCCUGCUGCCAACCCUCUCCAUCACCCGGUCGGAAAUUUCCGAGAGGGAUUCAGUGGAGGGAGGGGAUGGAGGAGGAGAAGGAGGAGCAGCGAGUAGAAGAUCAGCAAGAAUCCUAGAGACUUUAGACGAGGGUUCGGUGCAAUGCACUGGGAUCAUGCACCAAGCUGGGCGGCUCGCUCCGGUUGUUUCUUGCCGGCCGUGCCGCCCGUUGUCGCCCAUCUGGAGCCGCCCGUCGGGGCGGUUGAGCAAGGGCGGAGUGGGAUCAGGCAGAGACGGAUCGGGCCUGCUUGUGUCGGGUCUGGUUGGGGAGCAAGGGGAGGUGGUACAGCCGGUGCAUGUGCGGACAGCGGAGUGGGUGGAAAGUGAGGAUUUCAAAGUGCAGUGCUUCUCUCUCAAGAACUGCGCAGAGCCGCAACCCCGCUGCUUUGGGGGGUUGUGCCGGGUGGAUGAGCGGCGAGAGUGGUACGACGAGGACGACGAGGAUGAGGAGGAUGAUGAGGAGUGGGAAGGAAGGGGUCGGGAGGGGAAGGAGGGUGAAGUUGGGGAGGGUGGGGGGAGUGCUGCGCAGGAGUCACAGGCGCAGCACAGGAAGGAAGCCGGUGGUGACGAUGCGACAUCAGCGGCAGGGACACCCAAGGACCAGGAAGGUGGGAGUAAGGCGGGAACGCCCCGCGGGCAAAAGCGGACGUUGGAGCGGAAUGGAGCAGAGGGAGAGGACGACGACGAUGAUGAUCCGGAACCGGGUCGCUUGCUGCUUAGGAAUCGGGGGGCUGCCAAGUUUGCUUGUUGCAUCCGCCCUCGUGUUGUUGAUUGA